AUGGACGAAGACUUCAAGCAUUUAACACCCGAUGCCAACGGUGGAUACUCGGUGUCCGUUGUUUGUCCCAUUGAACUUUGGGAACCUCUCGGCAUGGAGAGCGGAUACAUUCCCGAUGCCAAUAUCGUUGCAUCAACGGACUACAACGAAUGGCAUGGAGCUACCAAUGCAAGGCCUGACCCCCAAGAUUCACAGAACAUGUGGUGUUCAGAAGACACUGACUCGUUUCCAUGGAUACAAGUCAACCUUAACGCUAGAGUGUACAUUGCUGGUCUGAUAAUACACAGCGGACGCACCGACUAUGUAGAAACCUACAAAGUUAAGCACGGAUACUAUUCAUCCUCUCUGACAUUCGCGACAACUUCCAGUGGAAGUACCCAACUGUUCUCCCUCUCGAAUGGAUAUUCCCCAUUCACCAAAGAGUUUUCGUCGGUGUUGCACGCCCAGUAUCUGCGCAUCUAUCCAGUUUCAUGGGCCGGAGACCACGUCUGUUUGCGUUUUGAGGUGAUAGGAUGUCGCUAA